GCAUAUCUCUAUAAAUACCGUACUCCCAAGAAAGUCUCUUCCACAUCUUCCCCAAUAUGGAAAUGCCCAAUAUUUCUACUACUAAUGUAGUCCCAAAACCACAGAUUGAAGCCAUUCAAACCGUGCCACCCUUCGUAGUCACUGAUCCACGACAGUUCCGGCAGGUCUCGGUGGCGAAAGAGCCAAUUGGUUCAGGAAUUUUCAAGGGUUGCUUCAACAUAGUCCUCUGCUAUAACAAGGCUAUGGAGAAGGAUUCAGGUUGGCUUGUGGCUGGAUGGAUCAAAGAGUCAUUAGCUAGAGCUUUGAAGGAGCAGCCACUGCUUAGCGGACGUUUAAGAAGAGGUGAAGACGGUCACGGUGAGCUUGAGAUUGUGUCAAAUGAUAGCGGUGUUAGACUUCUCGAGGCGAAGAUUAAUAAUAUGAGUUUACAAGAGUUUCUUGACUUGAAGGAAAGAGAUAAAGCAGAAGCUGAACUUGUUUUCUGGAAGGAUAUUGAUGAACAAAAUCCUCAGUUCUCGCCAUUAUUCUAUGUUCAGGUAACUAAUUUCCAGUGUGGUGGAUACUCAGUUGGGAUAAGUUGCAGCUUUCUCUUGGCAGAUCUCUUAAUCAUGGAUAACUUUCUUCAAAAAUGGGCAAAAAUCCAGAGUGAAAUGAUCUCCAAAAAUGAGGGACCAGAGGUACCUAUUUUUUACCUCCCUAAUCUCAAACCAGCCAACUUAUCUCCUAAUAGCAUCUUCAGCUCCACUCCAAGGGAGAACUGUGGCCAAACAAUGAUCUUCAGGAUGAGUACUGAAAGUAUGGAUUUGAAAGAACAGUCAUUCAAGAAGCUUGCAUUGCUUUGCCUUGAGGAGGCAGAGCAAACUGGUCGUAAAAUAUUACCAGAUGAGUUCACCUUUUUUGUGAAAGAAUCUACCAAGAUUAUCAAGGUAGAAAAUUGCAAGAAAACUGAGGUUGCCAAGUCCCAUAUGAAGAACCAAAUCAUGAGUAGUUGUGCAAGUUUGAAGGAUUAUUUGGGAAUGAAUGAGUUGGCUUUUAGAGAAGGCAAUGGACCUGCCAGAGUUUCACUUUGGAUUGGAUCCGUAACUAGUAACGGAAUUGUGGUGGGAAUUCCAUUUCCUAAAGAGGGUAGUUCUGAGGUGAACAUUAUUGUCACAAUCCCUUAUGAAAAUGAGAGUUGAAUGGGGGUUGUAUUGUAUGUCAGGAACAAUAUCUACAGAAACAUCUGCCUAUACCUAAUGUGUGUGUUUCUAUUCUCUGAAUCCAGAUGGUACACGCACAUUUGGUGUACGGGCAAGUAUUUUUGGUGUUUCUAUUAGUUCUUCUGUGAAUCACCUGUAAUGGAAAGUAUGUCCCUAAAUUCUGUAAAAAUAAAAAGGUCUGUACUCGAAUAUCAAGGAAUUGCUUGUAAAAUAUAAACUUGUCUCCCUCCUUUGGUUUCUUUAA